AUGCCUGUAAUGCUAGUAUCGGAUAACGAUACUCAGUUUACGAGUGUGGAAUUUGCCAACUUCUGUGCUCUCAACGGUAUCGAGCAUGUCACAACGGCCCCGUUCUAUCCCCAGUCUAACGGCCAAGUUGAAAGAAGCACGCCCAAUCGCACUGCGCCUGAAGGUAGAUCACCGUCUGAGGUUAUGUUUGGUCGCCGUAUACGGACUUGUCUGGAGCUACUUCGCCCAUCAUCAGCAAUUUUACCAAUGACACCGCAUGUUCAGCAAGAUCAACAGCGAAGAUCGUUCAAUCGAAACGAACUGGUUUUCGCAAAGGUUCAUCACAGAAACACUUGGAAGUGGGCUCCUGGUGUUAUUCUGGAGAAGAUAGGUGAUGUGAUGUACAACGUUUUGGUUGAUCGUCGAGUUCUGCGUUCCCAUAUCAACCAAUUACGAUGUCGUACUGAAACUGUUUCACCCAGCACCGGUUCUUUAUCGUCAGCCAGCAGUAGUACUAAAUUGUUGCCGCUCGACGUCCUUCUUGGUGCCUGGGAUCUACCGAAGCUUUGA